AUGAUACAAACUGGAGUGGAGGACCCUCUGUCAAACGAAUAUAAUGAUUCCCAUGAUCCUGGACCGCAGGGGGAAGUUGGUUCCGAUUCGGAUGAUUCGGCUUUCUCUGAUGAUGGAAAAUUCCGGCAGAUCGAUCCUGAGACCGGAACUGAUCUCGUAGCCCAGUUCAAACAGAGUGACCAAAACCACAUCGCAGAGCUUUUAGGGCUAUACAAUGGAUCAUCGUCCGAAAAGUUCACCGACCAUUAUCUUGUGUCCCGUCUAGCCAAGGCAAAUACCUGUCGACGACAGCAAUUUGGAUAUUGGAAGAUGCGCAGGACAAAAUCUGAGCUGAUCUCGCAGUCUGUCUUUCUCGAAAAGGGCGAUAGUGUCCCGGUUCCAGCUAGACAUGACCUACAACCUCAAGGGGGGUUAGAGAUACCCAUUGCUCCAAUAGCGCCCUCACAGCCGUCAACGGCCACCCACCUAGACGUUUCCAAAGUAAAGCUAGAUGAUGAGAUAUCAAUCGUCUCCAGCUCAACAGUGAUGCAUAUUGGUGACACAGAUAAUGGUGACUCGUACUCAAUCCCUCCACCACCCAAGGGACUAUGGGACAGAGGGGAUUUUGAAUGCCCGUACUGCUUUACCCUCUGCCCUCGAAGGAUGCUAGUCAAGAAGUCGUCGGGAACACACGUGCUACAUGACCUGCGGCCAUACGUCUGCACAUAUCCCAAUUGCAAAAGCGAAGACCAACUAUAUGACACCUUCACUGACUGGCUCAACCAUGAAACCUUCACAUAUUUCAUCUCCUUCGACACAGUGAUAAACCGGACAACAGAGCACCGCAAUGCUACUAGAGACGCCAAUGACCAGUCUAUAACCGAACAGAUGCGUGAUUGUCCCCUUUGCCCUAUGAAGGCCGUGGACCCAAUCCAUGUUGCGGCCCACCUCCACAGAAUAGCUUGCUUCGCCCUACCUAGGUCCGUCGGCGACGAUGAUGAGUCCGACAAUGGAAGCCAGAUAUCUGGUAUGGCGGAGCUGAUAUUGCGCGGCUCUUCAUCUUUGUUAACGGGAAGUGUGCAUUUAUCUGACAGUAAUGACAACACUUCGAUGAAGUUACCAGCGGGGCCCCAGCUAGAAGAUGCGCAGAGCAGCAAUCCACUCUCAUUGGAAAGCCUUCUCGAUCGUUCAUUUACUCAGAAAGACGAUGAGGCAACAAUGGAAUCUUACCUAAAGAGCAUGGAGAGUGCCUUAUUCAAUGAUCGCGAACACCUCAACGAUGACUAUUCGAAAGAACUCUCUCCAACCAAAACAGCGAAUAAAUACGCCAUAACUUGGGCUGUUUACUGUGACGUCGACAUAAUCUGCAUCGGCUGGACGAUCGAAGCCACCUCCCCCGACAGCACAGAAAUCCAGAUUAUAAACGCGGCGAUAGCUACGUUUAGCUCUAAGGGAAUCCCCAAUCCAGGGGAAGCCGAUCAUUGUAUCAAAAUUGGGUGUGCCAGCAGCUUCGGGCGCUCACUUUCCUGGACCUACGAGGGCCAGCUCGACUUCUUAGUUCCCGGGGAUGAAGCAGUCGUCGAAUAUCUUAGAAUUUCCUCAUCGACUUAUAUAUCGGGCAGCUCAGUAGCCACCGCUGCAGCCUCCGGUCUCGCUGGCCUCCUACUGUGCUGUAGCCGUCUGGUGGAUGCGGAAGAACCUACCUUUUUCCGGAGUGGACAAAGGAUGAGAAAUGUAUUCAAAGCUCUGGCGACUAUCAAACCAACUAUCAGUAACCCACCUCAGGACAGCCGGUAUUUAGAUGUCGAAUACUAUUUUGGCACCCCCUUCAAAGAUCUUUUGCGCGUGCAUAUUCCCAAGGAAGAGCAUCCGAUGAACAUCACCAUACAUGACGUCCCAUAG